CGAAAAACAAGCAUAACCAUUGCAAACCCUCACCAUGCCCCCAGAACGCCAACCUGCCCAAAAAAGAAGACAACUCCCCUUCAAACCCCCCAGCCGACAAUCCUCAGCAACAGCCGGCCCCUCAACAUCCGCAUCCGCAUCAGCAUCAACCUCCAACCCAAACCCGAAGCCCAAGCCCAAAUCCAAAUCCAAAGUCUCUGUAAAACCCACCACUAAUGCAAAAGCCUCAUCAUCCAAGACCGCUCGGCCCUCUACAACAUCCACACGCGACGAGGUAGAGGCCUCAGAAUCCCCCGCGGCGGCCUCAAACUCAGACUCCGAAGCUAGCUCCGGGUCCAGUCGUUCGCGCUCUCCCUCUGAAGAACCAGAUUACAUCCUUGCGGAAAUUACCCAUGCUGAUGCCGAUGAGAAUGAUGUUCUCUCGAGCGAGCCGGCUAUUCCGCCGAAGUUGCUGACGAAGCUCGUUCAUCAUCAUUUUAAGGGUCAGAAGACGAAGAUCGCGAAGGAUGCUAAUGAGGUUGUGGCAAAGUAUGUGGAUGUCUUUGUGAGGGAGGCGUUGGCGAGAGCUGCGUUUGAGAGGGCGGAGGGAGCGAAGGGCGUUGAGAGGGGGGUUGGGGAUGGGUUCCUUGAGGUCGAGGAUUUGGAGAAGAUGGCGCCGCAGCUUGUUUUGGAUUUUUAGACGGUUUGGUUAUAUAUCCAUGGGUUUGGUGUUUGCGGUUGGGUUGGGUUGAGGGUUUUGAUUUUAGAUACCAUGAUGUUAUGAAUUGAUAUUUGGAUUCGCAGUGCUAUGCUUAAAGAUCUAAUUCU